AUGGAUAAUAGUGAUAAUAGCUCGUCAGACAGGAGUCUAGAGAGAUUGACAGAAAUAAAAGCAUUCAUUGAGGCUAGCAAGAAAACUCAUGAAAAAGCCGAAGACCUUCAGGUAGAUGCUGAUAAAAGUCUGUCUAAGCUCAACGAAGUCGUGUUUGACGAUGCUUUCGAAUUAACUGGUCACGGCAAGUUUAAUCACAUAGUACUUAUGACUUGUGGUUUGAUCAUGCUGAAUGUGUCCAUGGAGUCUGUCGGCAUGAGCUAUGUCAUCACAGCAGCUGAGUGUGAGCUUGGUUUAACGUCUGAGCACAAGGGCUUGGUCAAUGCUGCGGCUUUCAUUGGUAUUAUAAGCACGUCGUUCCUAUGGGGUUAUCUCGGGGACCGUUUUGGGAGGCGGGCGGUCAUGCUACCAGCUAUGGUUGCUUCAGCCGUCUUCUCAAUAGCAUCCUCGUUUUCCACCAACGUCUGGAUGCUGCUGGUUCUGAGAUUCUUCACUGGAUGCCUAGUGUCAGCCUCCAGCGCGACCGUGUACGCCUAUCUCGGCGAGAUGCACACAGGCUCCCGUCGGGCGGCUGCAAUCGCUUGGGGCUCAGCGUUCAUAUCAUUCUCAUUUAUGAUAUUACCAGGAUUAGCUUGGUUGAUAAUCCCUGGGAAAUGGUCGUUCUCUCUACUCGGGUUCACGAUGGUUCCGUGGAGAGUUUUCAUAUGGUCAUGGUGUGCUCCGGGUCUGGUGGCUGCCCUGGCGUUACUCUGGCUACCAGAGAGUCCGAGAUACAUUCUAGCAUCCAGUGGACCAGAAAAAGCGUUGCCAAUCCUUGCUAAAAUGUUCGCGUAUAACAAAAAUUCAAAAAUAUCAAAUUUUCCGGUGGAAAGAAUAGUCACGGGCAGCAUAGAAUCUUCAAAAUCAAGUGGGUUCGUGGGAGCGUUGAAGAACAUCACGUUAUUAUUCCGACCUCCUCUUCUGAGAUGUGUUUUGAUCUCACAUACUCUUAUGUUCGCUGUUUUUAUGCUGUCAAGCGGUCUUUACGUCUGGGUUCCCGAUAUAUUGAACAGCAUGCUCCGUAGUACGAGCAGUGAGAGCAUCACAAUCUGUCAAAUUAUAAAGGACAAGUUUGAAGCUGCCAAAAAUGUCACACUUCUAUCACAAGUUGGUUGUAAGUCAGAAGUGGCUGUUCGUGUGUUCCCUAUAUCAAUGGGUAUGGGUGCUGUGUUUGCGGUCACUUACCUGGCCAUUGGAGUGUUCAUUGGCAAAGUUGGCAAGAAAACGUUAUACUCGUGUAUAAUGGUGAUAUGUGGUGCUGCAACUAUUGGUGCUGCCUUCGUACCACAAGGCGGUGCUGCCACAGCAUUGCUGAUUCUGGCUCUCUGUUCUGGAUGUGCUGCUUCAAUUCUUGCUGCUAUUGCUGUUGAUGUAUUCCCGACUUGCUUACGAGCUAUGGCAAUGUGUGUGAUGUAUAUGGUCGGUCGUACUGGCGCUGCUGUGGGCUCUAACCUGCUGGGAGCCACCCUCAACCUGCACUGCGAACAGGCCUUUUGUAUUUUUGGAGCCUUCACUGCUGGUAAAAGACCCUUAGAUCAUAUAUUGCCAUUUAAAUGA